UGGCCAACAGUGGAAGGUGGAACUUGCUGUCUUUCCAUCAAGUCGUUUGUUAAAGUUCUCUUGACAUCUGUUAACUUGAGUGAUACUUGAAACAAGAUGAUGAACAAGUUAACAAUUGUGCUUCUGCUCGGAUUGGCAGCUUUGAUCUUUGCUGACAGUGACGAGUUCCCAUCGUUCAGAAGCCGUUCUUGGGACGAUGACAGCGACGAACGUUUUGGUGGAAACUUUCGUUCCUUCAACACACGUCACACGAAUGUCCACUGGGCCGCCGCCCAGCGGCCGUCGACCUCCUCUUGGCGUCGCCGCGACUACAGCAACAGCGUCGAGAGCGACGAGCGAUGGGGCGGUAGUCGUGGCUGGGCGAGACCGGCCACCACCAGCAACACGCACUGGAAUACACCUACCAGAGCCACUUGGAAGACUCCAGUGAAGUCCACGUGGAACAACCCAGCAUGGGACAACCAAAUUGGGCAAAGCUGGAACGGUGCGCAUUCCAACAGCAUCUGGAGCAAUAGUGGCUCACGCAGCAAUCCCUUCAAUUGGGCCAGUCAGAGUAAAUGGAACCAGGGUAAUUCGUGGAACUCAAAGAAGUCAUCAAAUCAAGGAAAGUGGAACAACAACAACAACCAGUGGAACAAGAGGUGGUGGUAGAAAACUUCAGUUCAUCGGCUUCCGAAACUUGAUGGCCGCCCAAAUUUAGUUUCGAAGCGCUACAUGACUUGGAUAUUAUUGUUAUAAUGUAUGCUUGAUUAGAAUGCAGCAUAGUACUGAACAUCUAGUGGACGAAUAGUUGUGUUUUUUCGUACUCAAACUUAGGGCAAAGUACAACAAAGAUUUUCUGUGCGAAACCGUUUUUGUAUGAUGACCUUUGCUGCUCUUUUAUGUGUCAAUUAACGUUUAGCGAGACUUUUCGCUCCGGUAUUAUUCUAUUUAAAAUUAUCAUAUUAUUUGGAUGCAAUGCUAUUUCGAUGCAUAAUUUCAUUCUCGGAGUGAACGAUUCACGGAAACGAUUCCCUCCGAGCCACAUCUCGGCAAACAAACGAUCAGGCCAGAAGCAAUCGGCUUAGUCCGGGAUUGAAUUGAAUUACGAUUACUGAAAUCUGUCUGUGAUAAAGAAAUUUUUGAGAUUAUUUGUUAUAUGAUUUGGCAUUAAUUUUUGGGUAUUUCCUUGUGACAUGGCAUUUGUUGCUUGUUAUUGAAUAUAAUUUGAUAAUUAGAAUUAUUAUGUCUCUUACUUUAGCAGUGUAGUUCCAAUACAAACUAUUUAGUGGUUAUUCUACCGUCUCCUAAAUUUAAUUUUAGUAGAAACCAUCUCUUAAACUUACUCGUCGGAGAUUCCCACCUACAGAGGCGAUGUAUUAUUCCGAAUGUUCCUUCGCUAAUUCAAAAAUUGGUUCAAUUUGUCCACCGAAUGGCAAAUUCAAGGAAGGGCUCUACGCUGAACGAUUCUACAUGUCUCGGAUUGUCCCGUUUUAUUGUUUUCAAUGCCGACCGUUGGGCGAGCGCCAAUAAAUUCAGAUAGAAAUGUAUAUCGAACUAGUCAAAAUAAAACUAAAUUUAUAAUUCGAGAUCCGACGAAGAUAAACAAUUAAGUUAUUAUUUCCACUGUUAUAAAAUUAGUUGAGUUGUAUUGUCAGAAGUAUAUAUUCCAGAACAGUUUUGAUAAUCCCGAUUUUGCCCUCAAUUCGUUGUUGCUGAGGAGGGAGGAAAAUCAUGAAAUUAGUGAGGUAUAAUAACUUAUAAUUCAAAAUCCAGCAGUGAUUGGACAGACAAUUUUGAUAAGCCAUUUUAAUAAAUUUGAUGAGCGUCA